AUGUCUGUUAUUUUCGAAGACAUCGAGAAUUUGCACUAUCUCCAAUUUCAAUUUAGCCAAGCCUUACGAAUAGGCAAAUUCAUAUACUAUAUAGAGAAUUCUCUCCUUCGUAAGGUGAGUUUCAUUGAUAACAACUGUUCAGAUAGUGUCAUCGUGUAGGCUGAAGUUUCAAUGAUUUGCACAGAUGGUAAACUGAUAUACUCCUUAUUAUUUUAGAAAAUGGAGACAUCUAUCAAAUCGAAUAGCCACCUCGUCUGCUCAAAAGUGGAAAUCAUUAUAAGUGGAUCUCGCCCAUUGCAGCAAUCGAUCAAUCUCACAGAGGUUUCAUAUGGAAAAACCAAUAAGCAAAUUUAUAGUCAUUGCAAACACAUUUCCUCUUACCAGGAUCGACUCACUCUCAUCACAAUUGGUGGCAAGAUCUUCAAUGUUGUGGCUGAUAAGACAGUCCAGAUUCCAUAACUGAAUGGAUUGAAAUUGGAUACGUACUUUAAGAAAUCCCUAUUGUUCUCUUUUGGUGGAGUGGCCAUAACGGAAAGUGGAGAAUUCUACCUAUUCAAUCAGAAGAUGAUCCGAAUUAAAAUCAAAGAUAUCAAAGACAUCUUCUGCACUGAGAAGUACAUCUUUGCUAUUCAAAAUAAUCACACAAUCCUACAAUAUUCCAUAGAGGAAAUUCAAUCCCAUCAAUUCUUCACCAAUCAGUAGAUCUUUUAAAAAAUGCAUUAUUGCAAUGAUGUGGAAUUCAAAUGCAAGCAGAGACAAUUUCAAAACAUUUCUAUUCUUCAAUCAGAGUACUCCUUCUGUUCAUUUGCAUUGAUCAAGGAAAAUAAGAUUCUUGACACCAGUCUCAAUUUGACUGACAAGACCAAUCAAGUUCAUAAUAAAAGCAGCAGUAUCCUCGUAAUGAAGUAAUCUCUGUUUGAUGAUUGGGAUUGCAAAAAGAAAAUCUUGGAUUCUCGGAGAUCUACCACAAUUGAUAAGUAACCAUACACAGAACCUUCAAAUGAGGGAUUGACCUUGACCUUAGCAUAGAAACUAGCAACCAUAAGAGAGAGUUUGAAUUUUGAGAAACCAGCUCCAGUUUCGGUAUCAGUUGAUAAAGAUAAAAAAGAUCGGAAUAGAUAGUAGAGUCUUAUUCAAUUACAUCAAAUAGAAGUUGAAGACCUACCUCAAAAUCCAACUCCAAUCAAAUUGGAUAAUCUACUGAAUAAGAUUCAUGUAAAUAAACCAGAAAAACCUAUUGAUUAAUUAUUACUCAUCCAAAACAAAUAAGAACUUUAAGAUUCAUUGCCAACCUUUUAAAAUGAUAAUUAAUUCACUAACAACGAUACUCUGAACAAUAAAAGGAAAUCUAAAUAAAACAAUAGAACAUCAAGAUCAAAUAAGAGGUUUGACAGUAUGUCAGCAUAAUCUGGCAUAGAUUUCCAGAAUAACAGUGGAUUCAUCUAAUAAUAGGAUAGUUUUGUUGAUAUUUUAGAUGAUGACUCUUCCGUCAAGAAGGAUCUCCCUUUGCAAUUACAACCAUUUGACAAAUCCAAUAAAUACAAGAAAAAUACCUUGGAUACCAUUCAAUCUUAUGACAAUGAGUAGGAUCCCAAGACUACGAAUAGAUUGUCAAACAAAAGGGAUUAAGUGCUCUAAUCAAGCAAUCAAUCACCAAAUAAGAGAACUGCUAGAGACCCUUUGCUCACUGAAAGGAGUUCGGCCAAAAGAAAUAUUGAAUAGGCAAAAUAAGAUCUAGAAACCUUGGUUAAUAUGAUUACUAAGCAAAAGGAGAACACUGAGACUUCAAAGUCAAUUGCAAUUGUUCCUGCUAAAAAAAAAUCAAGCAUAAGGAUGACAUCUCCUCCUAUUCAAGUGGGAUCUUCAUUGACUCGACCAGAAAGUAAAAUUACUCCUUUAAAAAAUAGAAGGGCAUCUCUUAUUAGUGAAUCUUCGCAAUAGGAGUCUUUUAAAAUGCCUCAGAGAAUCUCAAAAUAAAACAUAUCUUCAAAAUUGAACACUCAACAAUCAUUCAAUUCAUCAAGUUAACAUUCUUAAUUCUAAUUUGAUUCUCAAAACUUUAGGUAGUUGAAUACAUUGUAAGAUCAGGAAUCCUAAUUGGAUCUAAAGAGUACGAAGACGCUAUUUGAUUAAUCACUCACUUAGCAAUUCAAGAAAUUGGAUUAGGCAAAGGGACUCAAAAAGGUUCAAUGUUCUUCGCAGGUGAACAUCUUGCGUAACAACAGUUUGAGUAAGAAAUCGAGCAUAAUUGUGAACACUUAGUAGAAACAGCAGUGUAAAUUGAAUUUGAGAAAGCAGGAAGCGAUCUUAAGGAAAUUAUUCUUUCGGUUAGAAGUUAGAUUGAAACUUUAAUAAUUGGAAUUUGUGAAUAAUUUGAAAUGUUUGCUUUGA